GUUGAACUUUGUCUUCACGCAGUCUCCCCUUCUUCCGCCAGCACUUCAUUCAUUUAAGUGGUCGGAGGCCUUCCGAGCCCUGCUUUGGAAAGACUGUGGAAGCAUUGCUUUAGACGACAUCAACUUUGCAUUCAUCGCAACAAUACUACCGUGAAGAUGGUUUCACGGAUUGUCGGCGCCGAUGUGCGUGGAUGGCUCGAGGCAGCCAUUGCCGAUUCCAAUGCCACGCUGUCUCCUGCGUCAUCAUCCAACAUGUCCAACCCUAAAGUGGGAGCAGAGUCUCUUACUGAGAAGGAAGUCAUCGAAGUGAAUCAACUCAAUGGACACGAUAAGUCCAACGGACUCCAUCAAGCCAAUGCCGUCAGCCAAGUUGAGAAAGACGAAGACGACAGAAUCGACGAGAUCACCAGUUUCAAGCGGAAGCUGGCCACGGUCCGCCGCGUGACUGCCGUUAACGUGGUCAACAAAAGCCACUAUGUUGCGACCAUCGACGGCUGGAAGGUGGUGUUUAAGAAGAGCAAGAAAAUCGAGCGGGGUUCUUGGGUUCUGUUCUUUGAAGCAGACGCCUUCCUUCCGGCUCACACGCAGUUCGACGAUCUCUUCAGCGAGGUUGGACCUGUCAUGACCUUCAAGAAGGAGGAGGGCUACCGGGUCGGCACGACCACUUGGACGGACUGGGGGAAGAAUAAGAUCAUUUCCCAGGGGCACAUCUUCCCGCUCUUCCAGUUCCCGGACAUUGACGAAAAGGUCUUCGGUCUUCACUGCGAUCACCACAGCCUCACCGAGGAGCAAUUCGGCGAGCUCAUCCGUGAACUCGACUUUUCAGACGAGCUUGGCGUGAAGAAAUGGGAGGCUUUCCCCGAAGAGGCCGAGGAUGCCGACGGUGUUCUUGCUGUGCACCCCAAGCCCCCGGCGUUCAUCCUCAAGACCGCUAUGCAGCGGGCGCAGAACUGCCCUAAUCUGUUCACGAAGCCCAAGUACCGGAAGUUUACCUUUCAGGAGUCGUUGAAGAUGGACGGCGCCAACAUGACGGUGUACUUCGUCACGCGGAACUCGGCCUACUUCUCCAAGCUCGCCCCGUUGCCGACCAGCAACUCGCGCAAUUACAACUGGGACAAGAACUUUGUGAAGUUCGCCGUGCACCCAAACGGCCGCUUGGGGGUGUGCAGCCGCAACCACGAUCUGCUUCCGCACCUGAUCCCGGAUCCGGCCAACGGGACCCGGACCGUGUACUGGACCACGGCGCUGUCGGCGCGCCUCUAUGAGAUCCUGCCGCGGCUGAACCAGGACAUUGCCAUCCAAGCCGAGCUCGUCGGCGCCGACAUCCAGGGCAAUCCCUAUUCCUACCCGGCGGGCAAGCACGAGCUCUUCGUCUUCAGCAUCUUCGACAUCGCCACGUCCAUGCGCUGGAGCCCCUGGGACGUGGAACGGUUCGCCGCCGACCACGACCUGAAUCACGUCCCUGUGCUGGGCUACUACCCCCUGCCCGCCAUUGCGCAGAACCACCAGGAUCUCCUCGACCGUGCCGAGCUCAAGAAGGGAGAGGGCCUGGUGUUCAAGAACUGCGACGACGGCCGCUGGUUCAAGGUGCUCAGCAACCGCUGGAUCCUCGAGAAGGACGAGAUGUUUGCCCGGAGGAAUCUGUCCGGCCCGAGCUCCUCUGGUGGUACGGGAACACGGGUGGCGGCGGCUCAGACGGGUGGCGGGAAUGGGGGUGAUUGGCUGGGGGAGUGCAGCCGCGAAGAGAUCGAGAAGAUUCGGGCCAUCAUGGUGAGCUUGGAGGACUGGGUGAAGAGGGAGGAUGGAUUAGAGAAGUGGCUCAAGGAGUGGCAGCAGGGCAUGCAUCGUCAGAAGGAGGAGGCAGAGGCCCGCUCCACCAAUUCAGUGGCGACGACUGCCGCUGCCACUACCCCUGCCACUGCCACUGCCGCCACGGGCGGAGGGGCGAGGAACCACGGCAACGGUAAUGCGAGCCGCAAUGUUGGAUACUCUGCGGAGAGGGCCCGGCAGAUCGCGCAGUGGCUGGGCAUUUGAUCCUUUAUCUCGGCGCUUACACUCAGCAAGCGGCAUGGUGAUGACAUUUUGGCCAGGGCAUGAUUGGGUCAUUGUCCUCCGGAUCUUUAGAUCGUUCUUUUAUUUAUUUUAUUAUUUUUUUUUUUUCCUCUCUGGUACUAGUCAGGGAGAACAAGGGUUCAGGAUGUUGGCUCGACCACACUGAGUCCUACAGCCAAAACGCGAUCUUUCAUUCUGAAGAUCUCUCUACACAGGCACCUCACUACCCAAUGACACGUUGGGAGAUUUAGGGGAGGGGCCUACUCAUUAGUCUUAGCGUGGUCUCGAGCAUAUGAACACAGCAUGAUUUUCCUGGUUAAUGAUCCUCCUUCCAUG